AUACUGCGUGAAACAAAAACGAAAGUAGAAAUAUAUUGCAGGAAUUUUCGCUGACGUCAAUUGAAUGAGUAAGUAAACCAGACAGAAUGAGGAUCAGUUCGUAUCAAACUGCUGGACCUGUGGAGCGAUAAGCAUCAUGGACGGCAGACGAGACGGGAGAGGAAUGCCUGGCGGUCGAGGCCGCAGACCCGGGGGAGCAACGGGGAAAAUCGAGGGGCGCCCAGAGGGUUCCUGGAAGCUUAGAUGCGGGUUUCGUCGACUGCAAGAACUGAAAACUAAACAUGCAAAUGAGGUUUUGAUGACAUUAAGUUCACCAGGAACUCGAUUCAAAGAAGCCCUUGCUGAUGAGAGUCACGAUUCAAACAUGACGGCUUUGAUUCUUAGAUGUAUCGCGAAAGCAUUGGAAUGCGAAUCGCAACGCCAAGGCACCAUAGCCUUAUUGACUACAUUAGAAGGUUCAAAUUUCUUGAAAGUGAAGCUUAUGGAAUUUAUGUUUGGUCUUGUUGGAGAUGAAUUUGAGAUGAUGGAUCGCAAGGAAUCGAUAAAUGAUGUCAUAAAAUUGUUCAUUGCUCUAGCUCAAAAUCUACCUCAUAGUCUUUCAACUCUUUUAGGAGUUUUUUCUAUCAUUGAAAUUGUAAUUAACAAACUCAGACUCUUGAAUUUAUUAAACGACAACUUGGAACAAGCAUUUGAAAUCUGCAAAGAAUGCAAAGAGGGAAUUAUGAAACCCAAGCCAAUGAAACAAAAUCGUGAAAGACAAAUGGAGAGAGAAGACGAACGAGAGCCAGACAACGAUUUUAGAGAUAUCAAUGUCUGUCCUCAGACCAUCGACGUGGCAGCGGGAAUGGAACACAAUCCAUUUCUUCGACGAAAUAAAGAAAAGGGGGGAUACCGGGACCUGGACCACUACUUAGACGUACAGUUUCGUCUCCUGAGAGAAGACUUCAUUUGUCCUUUGCGCGAAGGUAUUCAGGAAUAUAUUGAAGCCUUGAACAAUACUGGUCAAGUCAAACGCCUGCAGGAUCUGAGAAUAUACAAAGAUGUACAGAUCAUAUCACCAAUAUGUGACAAAUCCGGACUAUCCUAUAGGAUCUGCUUUGACGUCGAUAAACUGAAGCGUGUCCGUUGGGAGUCAAGCAAACGUCUGAUAUUUGGAUCACUUGUUUGCUUAUCGAGAGAUGGCUUUCGCACAAUGCUAUUUGCAAGCGUAUCAAAUAGGGAAAUAAAGCUUAUAUCAAAAGGAAUUGUGGACUUGAAAUUUGAAAACACUCACGACGAAAUGGCAGACCUUCCAAGAGAUGCACGGUUUGUUAUGGCAGAGACCACAGCUUAUUUCGAGGCAUAUAAACACGUGUUGCGUGGACUCCAAAACAUGCGUCGAAUUCCAUUUGAAAAGUACAUUGUAAGAUGUGAGACCGACAAAGUAAAAGAACCCAGGUACUUGCGACAUGGAAAUAUCACGUACGACCUACGCCCGCUAGUAGACGACGGUAUUAUCUUGCAGGGAGAGAAAAAACUAAGAAAUCUUGGUAUUCCGGUUUUGCGUGACCCCAGUUAUAAUUUCAGUCCAUUGUCUGCUAAAUGUGCAAAUGUUAGGGUAAUGGAUUUUGAUAGAUGGCCUUCUGCAGCGCAGCUUUAUCUUGAUGAUUCGCAGUACAAGGCUGUACAAAGAGCACUCACAAAUGAGUUCGUUAUAACUCAAGGCCCACCAGGAACUGGGAAAACAUACAUAGGGUUGAAAAUUGUCAAGGCUUUGCUACACAACUACAAAGUUUGGAACACUAACUUGGAAGGUGUUGUAAAUCACAGACCCAUGUUGAUUGUUUGCUACACCAAUCAUGCUCUCGACCAAUUUUUAGAAGGAAUCUUGUCAUUUUACAAUGGUGACAUUUUGCGUGUCGGAGGUCGAAGUAGUAGUGAAGCGUUGAAGAAUUACAACAUCAGUGCCUACCGCAUGAAGAUGAGAAGAUCAAGGGAAAUAGAUGGAAAUAUAACCAGAGAGGCUCGACGAAUGGGAUGGGAGUUGAAUCAGAUUAGAGAAGCCAUCAACGAGAUUGCACUGAAGAUAGAAAUAGCGGAAAGGGAAAUUAUUCAUGAAGAUUAUUUACAACAAUUUAUGGGAAAUUAUUACCACGAUCUUGUCCAAGGCUUUGAGCAAUACGUUCAAUUUCACAAUCCAGGAAUAUCUCUGAAGAAAAUUAAAAAGUCAUCAGCCAUAGUUGAAUGGCUAGGCUAUGGAACAAUUUUGCAAAUUGAACAUGGAGAUUUUGAAGUUCCCCAGGAACAGAUAAGACAAGAUGUUGAUGAAGAUGGGGACCUUAUUGAUGAGUUACCUGAUGAACAAGACGAACAAGUUGAUGUUGUUGAUGAUGUUGAUCGACUUGUCGAGAUGAGACAAAUUGACGAUGAUGCUGAUAUUGAUUUCGAUUUUCUAGAGGAUCUUGGACUCCCGGCAGAUGUCGAAAGAAAAUUAGCAAAACUUCAUAUCAGAACGAAGGCUGUUGCACUCAAUGUUUCAGAAUUCGAAAAUGCAGGCAAUGAAGAAGGGGGCUGGCAAAUUGACAGAAAGCAGAAAAAGAAGAUGAAAAGUAAAUUACGAAAGGAACUGAGAUCUACAAAUCGUAUGACCGAACGAGACUUUUUAAACCUCCAAAGAAUGGGACACGAUAUCUGGGGAUUGACCGAAAAAGAUAAAUGGCGUCUAUAUCGUUACUGGACUCAUAGAUUUUGUUGUUCAUAUAGAGACAAGAUUCGUGGUAAGGAAGCCGAGUAUGAACGAAGUGCGACUCGUCUAAGAGAGAUUCAGAUGCAGGAGGAUCAACAGAUCAUGCGUUUGGCAACAGUGAUUGGAAUGACGACAACAGGUGCAGCAAGAUAUCAGUCUGUGCUUCAGGACAUUGGUCCAAGAGUAGUAGUCGUAGAGGAGGCAGCAGAGGUAUUAGAAGCACACGUCCUUACAACGUUGAGCCCAGAUUGUGAACAUUUGAUUUUGAUAGGUGAUCACAAACAGCUAAAACCUAACCCAACUGUAUACAAACUCGCUAAAGACUACAAUCUUGAUGUAUCCUUGUUCGAGAGAAUGGUGAAAAAUGGAAUGGAAUGUGAUUGUUUAAAAUACCAGCAUAGAAUGCGACCAACAAUCUCAAAAAUGAUGAGAAUUAUUUACCCAGAGCUUGAAGAUCAUGAAGUUGUGAAAGCUUAUCCAGAUAUAAAGGGAAUUUCAAACAAUAUGUACUUUAUUCACCAUGACUAUCCAGAGAGUAACGAUGAAGAACAGAAAAGUCAUUCAAACCUUUAUGAAGCUGAAUACAUUGUUGCUCUUUGUCGAUAUCUUAAACUGCAAGGGUACAAACCAGAACAAAUCACGAUUCUUACAUUAUAUUCUGGUCAACUUUUUCAACUGAAGAAGCUUAUGCCUAAAAGCGAGUUUUAUGGGACCAGAAUCACUGUCGUAGACAAUUUUCAAGGAGAAGAAAAUGACAUUAUCUUGCUCUCCCUUGUUCGGAGCAACGAUGAUGGGAAGAUAGGGUUUUUGAAAAUUGAAAACCGUGUGUGCGUUGCUCUCUCUCGCGCUAAACAUGGGUUUUAUGUCAUCGGAAAUUUGAACCUAAUGUCAGGUAAUAGCGAAUUAUGGAGAAAAGUUGUAGAACACGCCAAACGCGAAAAUCUAUACGGAGAAGGCUUGCAUCUUUACUGUCAAAAUCACCCAAACGAUGCUGGAAUCAAUGCAACUGAGCCAGAGGAUUUUAAGAAAGCUCCCGAGGGAGGAUGCAUGAAACCUUGCGAAUACAGGCUUCCUUGCGGACAUACCUGCUCACUGGUCUGUCACGUUAUAGAUGCUGAUCACAAAGAAAGUAAGUGUCGCAAACCCUGCCAAAAACGAAUUUGCGACAAUGAAGAGCACAGAUGUAGACGUAUGUGUUUCCAAAAUUGUGGCGAGUGUUCAAUACCUGUCGACAAAACACUACCAUGUGGACACGUACAAAACGUGCCUUGUUCGACUCAACCACACCAGUUUAAAUGCAUGGCAAAAUGCGAAGAACGCCUACCUUGUCGUCAUAUGUGCCAAAGCCUAUGUGGUGAACGACACACUGAGUAUUGUCAACACCCAGUAACAAGAAAAUUUAAAUGUGGCCAUGUUGUAAAUGUUCUUUGUUUUGAAGCAGAUUCUGCUAUUUGUACUAAACCCUGCAAGCAAAAUUUAUCAUGCUUGCACAUGUGCAAAGGAACUUGUGGAGAGUGCUUAAAUGGUAGACUUCAUGUUGGAUGCAAAGAGAGAUGUAAAAGGCCUCUCGUCUGUGGCCAUAUUUGUCCAGACAAUUGUUCUAAAUGCCCUCCUUGCCAGAGGGACUGUAAUAACCGAUGUAUACACAGCCGAUGUACUCAAACCUGUGGAGAAUUGUGCGUGCAGUGUGUUGAAAAAUGUGCUUGGUCUUGCAAGCAUUACACGUGCUCAAAAAGAUGUUUUGAGCCAUGUGAUCGUCGUCGGUGUAACAGGCCUUGUCGCAAGCAGUUGAAUUGUACACACCCAUGCAUUGGCCUUUGCGGCGAACCUUGUCCGAAAAAAUGUCGUAUAUGUGAUCGAGAAGAAGUUACGGAUAUUUUCUUUGGAACAGAAGAUGAAGAUGAUGCACGAUUCGUGGAGCUAGAAGAUUGUGGUCAUAUUUUUGAAGUUACUGGAUUAGAUCAUUACAUUGAUAACUUCGGAAAAGGGGAUAAUAACGAUGCCGUUAUUAAACUUAUAGAAUGCCCAAGAUGUAAAACUCUUAUUCGUCGAAAUUUGCGAUAUGGUAAUGAAGUGAAGAAAACUGUUCUUGACAUUGAAAACGUAAAGAGAAAAAUUAUCGGAGAUAGAAAGGAAAUUCAGAGAAUGCGAUAUGAUAUCCCGGAGAAAAUCCGAACUCUUUCCACAAAGUAUCCAUCUGAUGGGAAAGCAAUGAGAAAGAUGUAUGAUACGUUGUUUGAAACAAAUGUAGAUGAAAGCACACUGGCUGCUGUCCUAAAUCAAAUCGAACUUUUAAAGGCAAUUAACAAUAUUGAGAAAGAUUGGAUGAAAAAUAUAAGUAAUGGAGAUUUGAAAGAAAUGUUUAAAAACGAUUGUCUCAAAGACUUGACUUCGUUCAGAAAUUGGAUUCUAACCACAAGAAAAUAUUUUACAGAACAGGAGUUGACAGAUGCAGAGGAUGAGAUAAUUCGUCUUAAAUCUUUUCGGCGCUUCAUCAUGUGCAUCGACAGAAUGGUUUCACGCCGUAAAACAGUUUCAGACACACUCAAAAGUAGCUUAGGUGAUGUAGAAAAUCUUCUGAAAGGAGGUAAAAAGUUGAAACCCGACGAAAAUACCUAUUUGGAAAAAGUUUUGAAAGAUUUGGAGAAAGAAUUUCCCGCAAGUGGUCUUGGUAUUUCAGAAGAAGAACGACUUCAAAUUGUUAAAGCAAUGCCAGAGAGUAAAGGACACUGGUUCAAAUGCCCCAAUGGCCAUGUAUACAUGAUUGGGGAUUGUGGAGGAGCUACGGUAGAAAGCAGGUGUCCAGAAUGUAAUGCUGCCAUAGGCGGAUCGGGCCAUCGGCUGCGAGAUGAUAACCAACUUGCUAGAGAAAUGGACGGAGCCCAGUUUCCCGCUUGGUCUGAGCAGGCUAAUCUCCUCAAUUAUCAAGGAAUUCAGUUUCAUUAAAUACAAGUGUGACCUUAAUUUUUCUCGACUUGCAUUUAAACUGUCUGCCUUUACCUAUUAUUCUUGGAUUUAUUGAUGGCAACAACUCUGUAUUUUUGCACGAAACAAAUAUAAAAGACUGAGUUUUGGAUUGCAUUUCAUUUUAUUGAGAUUACGAUAUAGAUACUAAAAGUCAUGUGAUACAUUUUGAAUUUUAAUUAGGAUAGAUAAUAUGAGCUUGAUAGAGUAAAUUUCUGCGAAAACACGAAUAUACAGACUACAUGUAUUUAGGAAUACAAAAGUAAAGAGCGCAGUAUUUUGUAUACGGAAAUAGAUUGUAAAGUUUGUACCCAUUGUAAGAAAUUCUCUUGAAAGAAUAUCUUGACGUGCGUUUUGCCGUGUUCAAAAUAUAUAGACAAAUGUAAGUGCCUCCUGGGAAAAGGUGAAAAAAGUGGUCAUAUUGAUGGUUUCUUAAGUGUGUUAUUUAAGAUGUGGCUGUGUGUGUGUGUAUAAUAUAUAUGUAUAUAUAUAUAUACACACACACAUAUUUCUGAUAUAUAAUCUUAUCAAUUUGAUGCUGUGAAUUGAUUAAGUUUAUUUUUGGCAAAGUCUAACAAUGCAGAUUUCAGAAAUCCGUUAAACGCCUCUUCAACAAAAGCUUUUAUCACCCAUAUCUCCAAAAAAUUUGAAGAUCGUUCCUAAAAUGUUUUAUAAAAUUGAAUGACACUGGCGAUACGUAUAGCUAUAACCUAACAUGAACUAUAAAUGAUUUGUUCAUAAUGUAUUUUAUCAGAUAAAUGGGCUUGCAGUUAUAUUUCUAAUUAUCAAAUUUUUUUUCAUUAGAGUACAUUUUUCAGAAGGUUGUUUUCAAGAUGAAAUUUG